AUGGUGAAUGCGUUUAUCGUACAUAAGCUGGUAAUGAAGCAAAGAAACAAGCCUGUAUCAACGCAUGCAGCGUUCAUGCGGCGCUUCCACGCCGACCUUCGCAGCCAAACAAAGGAGGACUUUACUGAUGGCGAUGACUUAGAGGACCUGGUCGCAGAGCCACUGCCUCAGCUAGCCCACACACUGGAGAAGACAGAAGAAACGAACGGGGUGAAGCGGAGGCAGUGGCUCUGUAAAGUUCGUCGUUUGGACCGAGGAAACCAACUCACCUGCAGCCAGAUCUGGCACCAGACGUGGAAGAAUGGUACGGCGAUCCCGGCAGCGCUGCAACACAAGAGUCGCUUUGUGAAAAAGCGCCGGGUAGAGGUUGAUAGCGACGCUAGUGAGGAGUAA